AUGGGGCCGCUGGCUGUGCUGGCGCUGCCGCUCCCUGCACCGGGGUUAACUCCUGCCGCCCCGGAUCGUGCGCGGCAGCUGCGGCUGUGCCGGGCCGGGGAACGGGCACGGUCCGGCAGGGGAACAGCCCGGGGAACGGGCACGGUCCGGCAGGGGAACAGCCCGGGGAACGGGCACGGGGUGCAGCCCCAGAGAUCUGGCAGGGCCCUCCCAGCCCCCCCUGCCCCGUCGGGCCCCACCCUUCGGGGCUCACCCCGCCUGUCCCCGCAGUGCGGCUCGGCCGAGUACAUGGCCCCGGAGGUGGUGGAAGCCUUCAACGAGGAGGCCUCCAUCUACGACAAGCGCUGUGACCUGUGGAGCCUGGGUGUCAUCCUGUACAUCAUGCUGAGUGGGUACCCCCCCUUCGUGGGCCACUGCGGCUCCGACUGUGGCUGGGACCGGGGCGAGGCGUGCCACACCUGCCAGAACAUGCUCUUUGAGAGCAUCCAGGAGGGCAAGUAUGAGUUUCCUGACAAGGACUGGGCACACAUCUCCUUUGGAGCCAAAGACCUCAUUUCCAAGCUGCUGGUGAGAGAUGCCAAGAAGCGGCUCAGCGCAGCCCAGGUCCUGGAGCACCCCUGGGUGCAGGGGUGUGCUCCAGAUAACACCCUGCCAACCCCCAUCAUCCUGCAGAGGAACAGCAGUGCCAAAGAGCUCACCUCCUUUGCUGCCGAGGCCAUUGCUGUCAACCGCCAGCUGACCCGGCACGACGAGGACGAGGAGGAAGAGGCGGAGGAGGAAGCACGACCCAUCAUCAUCAAAGCUACCUCACGGGCCAUGCAGCUCUCCCCCCCCUCCGAGUCCAAGCUGGCCAAGCGGCGGCAGAAGAGCAGCCUGGCCAAGGCAGUGGCCUCUGGGCAGCACCUGGUGGCCCCGCUGGUCCUGGUGGCCGACCAAGCCUGAGCAGUGCCCCUCGCACCUGCUGUACCCCCUGUCCCUCCUUCUCCUCCUUUCUUUCUUCCCCUUCCCCCACCCCUGACCCCACCGUUUCUGGCUAGUGACAAGAUCAGGACUCGUCCCUGUGGCUGGUUUCCAAGGUUUUGCUGAUCUUGUAGGUCUGCGGGUGGGAGGGUUUGUUUAAAAUAUUUUUUUUUUUUUAAAGGUAUUAAAUCAAGUGUGAGGUUGCUUCACCCAGGGCACACUCAAGGACAUCUGACAGACACACAGACUUUUGUUUCCUGGCUCUUGGUUUCUCCUCUGACAUUUUCCCCCCUCCCUGACACCAAAGGACUCCUUGUAUCCACGGCUGCUUUGACGAUUUCAGCUCAUUUCAUACUGUGAACAAAAGACCCUCGGUCGUGUGUUCAACCACGGGAGUUGUGUUUUAACCUUGUCCCUCCCCUCGGAGCUGCAGGUUUCUCUCUGAUGUUGGGGUAGAUCCCACAAAAGCCCCUUCCUGGGGGUCCUGUGCUGGGGGGUGUCCUAGCUCUGCUCCAGGGGGACACAGUGGGAACUGUGCAGGGAACUGCUCGGGCUGGGGAGAGAUGGUGCCAGCAAGGGAGCAGCACCCAACCCACCCUCUCUCCUCAGCAUCCUGCUUUCAGAAUAAGCUAUUCACCUCUCAUUUUCUUUUUGCCCCCUUUUUUCUUUUUUUUUUUUUUUUUUUUUUUUUUUUUUUUUUUUUUUUUCCCAUUUUUAAUUACUGUUGGUUUUAAACUGCCAGCUCUGCUUCUCUACAGGGCAUGGAGAAAUGUCUUCCUUUCCUCCCACGCUCUGGCUGGCGGCUCCCCAGGGAAUGCAUGGGCAUCCAGGGCUGUGCUCUUGUGCCAGGGAGGUGUGUGUGAGUUACCUUGGGAGAUGAUGAUCUCGGGUGUUGAUGGAGUUUUUAGGGCAGGGGCUAUCUUCUCUCACCCUUCCCAGCCUUUCUGCUGACCCAGGGAGGUUGGGGAGGAUGACUCCAUCCCCAUCCACCCCCCAAAACUGCCUCGCAUUUGUGAUCUCCCUCUGCCCCGUGUGUCCCCGGUCCCGCCGUGCCGGGAGGGGAGGAGCAAGGCAGUGGUGAGGGGAGUGCCCCCCGCAGGCACCGGGACACCCUGGAGAGGCCUCCUUUAACAGAAAGAAAAAAAAUCCAUCUUGAUUGUACAUUGUUACUUUUUAUAGCUUAUUUUGUUUUAUCAGUUGUAGAUAAUUCCUUGUUGUCUUAUAUUAAGAAAUACUUGAAUGAUGUACAGUACGCGAUGCCUUGAGCUGGUAUUGUGAAGCUAUCGUUGAUGCUGCACGCCGCAGCCUUUUUUUAAAAAAACAAAACAAAUCAUGGGAAGGGGAUGGCAGGGGGAUGUCUCCAAAACUGAUCUGUCCCCCGUGCUGCUUUUGUUGGCAAACUGAGUUUCCCCUUUUUCCCCACGAAUAAGAGCGAUCUCUUUUAUAUCUGUAUAUAUAUAAGUACACCACGCACUCUGGGGAAGGCCUGGGUGACCCUGCCUGUGUCCCAUGGGUGUCCUUGGCCAGGGAUGUGCAGCCAGAAGAUGCUGUGGGAGUUUGUGGGAGUUGGAGGAUGUGCUGGGAGCAUCCAAGCUCGGCCUGGGCCGGGCUUCACGUUUGGGUGGGGUUUGGCUUGGACCCGGCGCUCCUGGUGUGGUACUCGGGGGUGUGACCCAUGGCCGGGUCUGUGCUUUGCUAGAGAAUCUUGAAAUGCCUCCAGAGCUGGGGAUCGACUGGAAAACCUCCAGCCUGGCUUGUGGCAGCGCUGGGCAGCCACAGGUGCCCCGGCAGGGCAGGGAUGGCUGGGACACCCUUGUGCCAGGGCUGGACGUGCCCUCCCCGCUGCCAGCAGCUCUCCCGGGGUUUCCAGACAGAUGCUCCAGCACCAGCGACCCCCUCUCACCAACCCCUUCUUCCUCCUCUUCUCUUUCCAAACUUUUCCCCCCCAUAGAGCAUCUAUCUUGGAAACCAACUUCAAAAUUAUUAUUUUUUUUUUUUUUUUAAGCUGGAAAUGUUAAGUGUUUUCACUUCCUCUCCUUCCCCCCCACCCUUCCUCCAGCCAACUAACUCGACUUAGAACUGGUUAGAAACGUUUACUGUGAAGCUAACUCUUUUUUAUCAAACCAGGAGAAACUUUCUCCACUUUACAAUUGAUGAAGACUGCCAAAGUUGGUUCAACAAGAGUCACGUUAACGCACUGUUGGUUUGUGCAACAGCAGCCUCUGCUUGGGGGCUUGGCUGGGAAAUAAAAAUAUAAAAAAAAAAAAAAAAAAAGACAAAAAAAACAAAAACAAAAAAGAAAAAAAACCACACAAAAAGAAGCACUUUACUGUAUGUACCAGGUGACCUGAUACAGCUGAAUUGAAGUUUUCCUUUAUAACAAUUGUUGAUGCCAGAAUUUUGUAUUCUGUUUUGUAAGAAUUUAAUAAAAAUGCAUUGAGACCUA